GAGCAUCUCAAAAAUCACAGUUCUCUUCCUACGCUUUUGUCCACAAAGGGCAUUCUCUACUCCAUGUGUUUGUUCUUCACAAUGACCAUCGAGGAGCGUUGAUUAUGCGACUCUAUGAAGUUUCAUUAGUCAUCCACAUAAAGUGUCUAUAUCGUCCGCUCUAAAGACUCAAUGGAUACUAAAGACACAGGGGAAUUACUCGCAGCUUACAGGGUCACAUCAAAUGAUGGAAGAUCUGCCUACAUACUAAUCCACGACGUUUAAGUCAUGUUUCCCUUUUUCUACAGUGAUGCGCACAUGCACUCUGUUGCGUUGCAUGUCGCUAUGUUGUAUAACUUAUUUUGAAUCUUAUUUGAAUGUGAUUGGUUGGUUGAGGUCAUAUAUGUUCACUCGGUGUGCCCCCACGGUGUUACUUCAUGCCAUAUCAGAAACCUACUAAUACCCCAUCAAAACUCUAUGAUAGCAGAGUUUCAUUCUAUAGCUCAAAUUUGAUCUUGAACCAUUGAACAAUAUGUCAACUACCCUUCACAGGAUAAGUUCAGGCGUCCUUGCUGGACUACAAUAUUACGAUGAGGAAGAAAGAAUCUCAGAAGGACACAAUAGAAUGAGUUCUAGAGUGCCUGAUGGAAUUCAAAUUUAUGAGGAAGAGAAGAUGUCCGAGUCCCAUUGUGGUGAUUCUAUAGCUGCUACAGGAUUUGAUGAUGCUGCUACGAAAGAGCUGAUCCGGAAGCUUGAUCUACGUCUCAUACCAAUUCUUGCUACUAUAUAUCUAGUUUGUUUUCUCGAUCGUGCCAAUGUUGGUAAUGCACGACUUGAAGGACUGGAAAAAGACCUUCACAUGACUGGCCUCGACUACAACAUCGCAUUGUCUGUAUUUUUCCCCUUUUACAUCGCAGUCGGUGUUCCUAGCAAUAUGAUGAUGAAAAAAGUUCGUCCGAAUAUAUGGUUGACGGGAAUGGUAUUAUUUUGGUCAAUUAUUAUGGUGUGUACCGGCUUGGUGCACGACUUUGCGGGCUUUCUAGUUGCUAGAUGCUUUCUGGGGAUCGCAGAAGGUGGCUUGUAUCCAGGUGUAGUUUAUUACAUAACCAUGUGGUAUCCUCGGAAUGAAUGUGGUUUUCGCAUAGCAUUGUUCUUUUCUAUGGCGACAGCAGCUGGAGCAUUUGGUGGGUUAUUUGCCCGUGGGAUUUCCGAUAUGUCUGGAGUAGGUGGUAGAAAUGGAUGGUCAUGGAUAUUUAUAAUCGAAGGUCUUCUCACCUUUUGUGUUGGAUGUAUAUCAUACUGGGUCAUUGGGGAUUAUCCAAAUAAGUAUACGACAAGUUUCCAUAUCAUUUUUCAUAUAUACUGUAUGUGAAACUUACGUGAACUUAGUGCAAAAUUCCUCUCGGAAACGGAACGGAAAGAGGUCAUGAGACGACUUGCGAUUGAUCGAGACCUUCUUUCUGAUGAAUGGAAUUCGAAAUACGUCUGGCAAGCAUUAAAAGACUGGAAAAUAUAUGUCAACAUGGUGUUGGCUUUUUGCUUGUCCACGACUGUGUAUUCAUUGUCUUUGUUCUUACCCACAAUUGUGAAAGAAAUGGGAUACACCAAUAAUGCUGCACAACUCAUGAGCGUUCCGCCUUACGUUGUCGCAUGUUUUUUCACGAUCUCUGCCAGCUUUGUUGCUGAUAAAAUGAAACAGAGGGGAUAUUUUAUUCUAGGAUAUUUGGCUUUGGGAAUAACUGGAUCUGCACUACUUAUCUCCAGUGAUAAAACACCUGUUCAAUACACGGGCGCCUUUCUUGCAGCGCUUGGCGCUUUUCCAACUAUUCCCCUUCUCUCCACUUGGGUAGGCAAUAAUUUAAGUGGGAGUCUGAAGAGAGGAGUGGGUUUCGGUAUGGUCGUUGGCUUCGGAAAUUUCGGGGGUAUCGUAGCCGCUUUCAUCUAUCGCUCCGCGGAUGGCCCUAGAUUCAUCGAAGGACAUUCAAUAUUCCUAAGUCUAUUAUGUUUUGCAUUUGUCUUGACAGCUCUCAUGAUGACCUAUUACAAGAUGGAGAACAAUCGUAGGGAUGCUAGAGAUGCGGAACGAGGUCUAACUGCGGAUACCUAUACCCUGGAAAUGAAGCUUCAACAGAAAGAUGAGGGAGAUAAUGCAACGUUUUGGAGAUACACCAUAUGAUUUGAGAAACGAGCUAGAUCAUAAAGUCGUUGGAGAGUUAGGAAUCCUGACGGUAUCUGUAUGAUAUCAAAAGUAUCUUAGCUUGUCUUACUUUAAGGUGCUACAUCUCGCUCCUCUCGGCGAAUACAAAUAUGAACGAAUCUAGGUGAAAUUUGUCGAUCUAGCUGAGUAUUAAAGAUGAUCUAAGCCAACUUAGCCAAGCAUGCUAAGCGUCUAUAAGUUUUAAGUCUGAUCAUAAUUAAAUGACACAUUUGCGCUUAUUCUUCUUCGACGUCUUCGAUAGGAUUACGGCUGCCAGUACUUCACUUCAUCGUCUCUGUUCAGAUAUCCUUACCACAAUCGAACACUAAAUCGUGUCUUA